AUGGCCGUCGCCGCGACUGGCGCCUCGCCGCCGCGUGACAACUCGCCGACGCAUCCCUCGCCCGCUCCCACCGCCUCCACCUCCUCCUUCAACUCCUCCAAGCACGGCGAUCCCGUCCUUCCUCCCUCAUCCGUCCCACACGACACUGCCAACCCGCAGAAUCUCACCAACGGCGACAAACCCGAGCGUCCCGCCCAACUCCAGAAGCGAUCCACCCUCUCGCGACUCGGCCGCAUGUUCUCGCAAAAGGACGCCAACGGCGAGAGCAGGGAGGCCGUCAAGCGCGAGGCUGCCACCAAGGUCCCCGAGACUGCCGUCGAGGAUGGCGAGGAGUCGCUGGACAAGCACCCACCUCCUGCCAAACCCUCACGCGAGCCCUCGAAGAACGGGAAGAUGGGCGCUGUGUCUCGGAGCGGUUCGGACUCGAAGAAGGAGAAGCGCGAAGAGGUCGCUGCCGCCGCCCCCAAGCGCUUCUGGAUCGAGGAGAACGGGGACCAUCUUCACUUCCUCAAGGGCGCCAAGCGGCAGGACCGGCUGUCGGACAUGUUCAAGGACUUCCUCACCGGCAAGCGCAAGAAUCAUGGAGAAGAUCAGCAGCUGUCAUUGGUGUCCAACUGGGUCGACCAACUCAAGACGGAGAAGGACAAGAUGGCAACCGAGAAGAAGAACGGUCCGAAUCAGACCGCAACCCUCGUCCAGAAGUACGGCAAGUGCUCCGAGGUCGUGGGUCGUGGAGCGUUUGGAAUUGUACGCAUUGCACACAAGGUCGAUCCGAACGACUCCAAACACGAGCAGCUCUACGCUGUCAAGGAAUUCCGCAAGCGACCGCAGGAGGAUGCAAAGAAGUAUAGCAAACGACUCAACUCGGAGUUCUGCAUCUCGUCCUCCCUCAGACACCCCAACGUCAUCCACACCCUCGAUCUGCUAGAAGAUGCCAAGGGCGACUACUGUGAGGUCAUGGAGUUCUGCGCGGGAGGUGACCUCUACUCGCUGGUACUCGCUGCGGGCAAACUGGACGUCACAGAAGCCGAUUGCUAUUUUGCGCAGCUCAUGCGUGGAGUGGAGUAUAUCCACGAGAUGGGAGUGGCGCAUCGUGACCUCAAGCCGGAAAAUCUCCUCCUCACCACCCACGGAGCCCUGAAGAUUACGGAUUUCGGGAAUGGCGAAUGCUUCCGAAUGGCGUGGGAGACAGAACCUCACAUGACCGCCGGUCUCUGCGGUAGUGCGCCCUACAUCGCACCGGAGGAGUACACCGACAAGGAGUUCGACCCCCGAGCCGUCGACGUCUGGGCAUGCGGUGUCAUCUACAUGGCCAUGCGCACGGGCAGGCACCUGUGGCGCGUUGCCAAGAAGGACGAAGACGAAUUCUUUGACAACUACAUCCGCGGCCGGAAGAGCGAAGAAGGCUAUGCUCCGAUCGAGACUUUGCAUAGAGUAAGCUGCACCUCCACCAACAACAAACUACUACCCGACUGUGCUCACACGUCGUGCCAGGCGCGUUGUCGAAACGUCAUCUACAGCAUCCUCGACCCCAACGCGAGCCGUCGUAUUAGCGCCCACCAAGUCCUCAACUCUGAAUGGGGCAAGGGCAUAAGAAUCUGCAAGGCCGGCGAACAAGGCCUAUGA